AUGUUUGCUGUAAAAGAAAUCAAUGAAAAUUCCCAGCUCUUGCCCAAUGUCUCCCUGGGUUUCCAUAUCUAUAAUGAUUAUUUUAUUGCAAGCUGGACUUAUCAUGCAGCAAUGCAACUGCUGUCUACAAAGGACCAGUUCAUCCCUAAUUACAAGUGUGAUGAUCAGAGCAAAGUAAUGGCUAUCAUUGGCGGCCCCAAUUCUAAUCUAUGUCUUGAUCUGGCAACUAUCCUGAACAACUACAAAAUACCACAGAUAUCAUAUGGUUCUGCUGCAUCAACAAACAAAAAAAGUAAAAGAGGUUUUUUCUACUGGUGGUUUCCAAGUGAUAGCCUUCAAUACAGGGGAAUCCUCCAGUUAUUUUUAUAUUUUGGAUGGACCUGGAUUGGGAUGAUUUCUGUGAAUUACGAUGAUGGAGAUUGGUUUUUACAGAAUGUGGUUCCAGUGUUUGGCCAGAAAGGGAUCUGCUUUGACUUCAUUGAAAGUUUUCCCAAAACAUCAUAUAACAUUGACAUUUUAGAACUGUUGUCAGAGGGGAAUGAGUUAUAUGAAGUUAUUAUGGGGAGCACAGCCAAUGCUGUGGUUGUACAAAGUGAGAUUCUGUUAAAUCUGAGAGUGCUGCUCUGCCUACCUCAAUCUGAGGAGCUGCCUAAUAAAACAAAAGGCAAAGUCUGGAUUAUGAUAGCUCAGAUGGAAUUCACAGCAAUCGCCUUUCAAAGAAAUUGGUCCAUAAGUUUUCUUCAUGGUGCUAUGUCUGUUGCGAUUCACUCAGAAGAGCUUGUAGGAUUCCAAGAAUUCAUUCAGAAAAGCAACCCGAGUUCUGAGAAAGGAAAUGGUUUUAUCAAGGAAUUUUGGAAAGAUGUGUUUCUAUGUGUGUUUCCCAGCUUCAUGGGACAUGAGAACACUGAGGAAGAGUGUACUGGGGAGGAGAGGCUGGAGACACUUCCCUCGUCGGUAUUUGACAUGACAAUGACUGGCCGUAGCUAUAGUAUCUACAAUGCAGUCUAUGCCGUGGCUUAUGCUUUACAUGCCAUGUGUUCCUUACAAAGGAAACGCAGAGUAACGGUGGCUAGCAGGAGUUUGAAACUUCAUAACCUACAGCCAUGGCAGGGACAUCCUAUUUCGAUGUGCAAUCAUCAUUGUCCUUUAGGAUAUAGGAAGACUAAGAAAGAAGGGAAACCAUUUUGCUGUUAUGAUUGCCUUCCAUGUCCAGAAGGGAAGAUUUCAAAACAGGAGGAUUCAGAUGACUGUUUCCAAUGCCCAGGUGAUCAGUAUGCAAAUGUAGACCAUGAUUUUUGCAUUCCCAAAGACACAACCUUUCUAUCUUAUGAAGAACCUUUAGGAAUCACUUCUGCCAUUUUUGCAUUCUGUUUUUCUUUCAUCACAGCAGUGGUGCUUGCAGUCUUCAUUAGAUACCAUGAUACUCCCAUGGUCAAAGCCAAUAAUCGAAAUCUCACCUAUACUCUCCUCACUUCACUUCUGCUCUCCUUCCUCUGUGCUUUGCUUUUCAUUGGCCGCCCUCUAACAAUCACAUGCCUACUUCGACAAGUUGCUUUUGGUGUCAUCUUCUCAAUCGCUGUUUCUUGUGUGUUGGCCAAAACCAUCAUUGUGGUUCUAGCUUUUAUGGCCACCAAACCUGGAUCUAGGAUGAGGAAAUGGGUAGGGAAGCCACUGGCUAAUUCCAUUGUUCUUUCAUGCUGUCUUAUUCAAGCCAUGAUUUGUAUUGUGUGGCUGGGAACCUCUCCCCCAUUCCCUGAUGUUGAUCUACACUCAGUGACUAAAGAAAUUGUUCUUGAAUGCAAUGAAGGGUCAACCAUCAUGUUUUAUUCUGUCUUGUGCUUCAUAGGAUUUCUUGCUUUGGUCAGCUUCAUGGUGGCUUUCCUAGCCAGGAACUUGCCUGACAGCUUCAAUGAAGCCAAAUUUAUCACUUUCAGCAUGCUGGUGUUUUGCAGUGUUUGGCUGUCCUUUUUCCCAGCCUACUUGAGCACCAAAGGGAAAUACAUGGUGGCUGUGGAAAUCUUUUCUAUCUUAAGUUCUAGUGCGGGGUUACUGUUUUGUAUCUUUUCUCCCAAAUUUUAUAUCAUUAUUUUAAACCCUGAAUUGAACAAAAGAGACCAAUUAAUGCGGAGAAAGUAUUAA